AUGAUCAUCCCAUCCCACACGCUGAUGCAAAAAAUGAUGAAUAAACUAUUCCAGACACUGAGGGAGAUUCAUCAAGGAGUCAAUAGAAACAUUGAGUUUGAUGAUGAAAACCUCAAUCCUAGAAAAAGGAAGGAUCCCCGCGCAAGUGACGUUGAAGCUCUAAGUUCUUCAGCCACUGGUGGUUCCUCAACCCCUCCUUCCAAGAAACGCAGGAUGACAGUUGAGUUGGAGGAUUUGACUAUAGAUUGGAAAAUGACCGUUGAAGAGAUCAGAGAAAUUAUGUUGGAACAUAAUGCCUCAUUUCAAACAAGAAAAGUGGAACAUCAAUCUAUCAAAUUUUCCCAGCACCUUGCAUCAUGUGAUGCUAAAAAAGACCAAUAUUCAACGUUCCAAUAUUGA